CUCGGGGAAACGGAGGAGCCGCUAAGUACAGGAGCAUCAUGCCACCCCUCGGCCUCAAGGCGAUUGUUGGAGAAAAGAUUAUAAAUGAUGUCAUCAAAAACGCAAAGACUAACGGAGAAUGGAAGGCACUAGUGGUGGACAAACUCAGCAUGAGAAUGAUCUCAUCCUGCUGCAAAAUGACAGAUAUUAUGUCAGAAGGAAUCACAAUUGUUGAGGACAUCAGUAAACGGCGUGAGCCCCUCCCCAUGAUGGAAGCCAUUUAUCUAAUAACCCCUUCUGAUGAGUCUGUGCAGGGGCUUAUUAAUGACUUCCGAGAUCCUCGAGCCCCCAUAUACAGAUCAGCUCAUGUCUUCUUCACAGAUGCAAUACCAGAUUCUUUGUUCAACCUGCUGACCAAGUCUCGUGCAGCCAAAGUGAUGAAGACUUUGACAGAGAUUAACAUCGCCUUUCUGCCCUAUGAGUCACAGGUGUUCUCUCUGGACAGAGCUGGUGCCUUUCAGGACUUCUACAGCCCCUUCAAAACUGAUGUGAAGAACCAGAUGUUGGAGCGUGUGGCUGAGCAGCUAGCCACCCUGUGUGCCACGCUCAAGGAGUACCCCGCCAUCAGAUACAGAGGAGAGUACAAAGACAACGUGAUCCUGGCUCAGAUGCUGCAGGACAAACUGGAUGGCUACAAAGCCGAUGACCCUACCAUGGGGGAGGGUCCAGAUAAAGCUCGCUCUCAGCUCUUGAUUUUGGACCGAGGGUUUGACCCAGUCUCCCCAGUGCUUCAUGAGCUCACCUUUCAGGCCAUGGCCUAUGACCUUUUACCCAUUGAGAACGAUGUCUACACGUAUGAGACUAGCGGAAUGGGAGACGCCCGUAUGAAGGAAGUCCUGCUGGACGAGGAUGAUGAUCUGUGGGUCACGCUGAGGCACAAACACAUCGCCGAGGUCUCCACGGCUGUAACUAAAUCGCUGAAGGACUUCUCAUCCAGCAAAAAGAUGACUGCUGGCGAGAAGGCCACCGUAAAGGAGCUGUCUCAAAUGCUGAAGAAGAUGCCUCAGUAUCAGAAAGAACUGACCAAGUACUCCACUCACCUCCACCUGGCCGAGGACUGUAUGAAACAGUACCAGGCAGCAGUGGACAAGCUGUGCCGGGUGGAGCAGGACCUGGCCAUGGGUACAGAUGCAGAAGGAGAGAAGAUCAAAGACCCAAUGAGAGCUAUUGUGCCCAUCCUCCUGGACUCCAGCGUAGCCAUCUUUCACAAAAUCCGGAUCAUUCUCCUCUACAUCUUCCUCAAGAACGGUGUAACGGAGGAGAACCUGUGUAAGCUCCUUCAGCAUGCACAGAUCCCUCCUGAGGACAGUGACAUCAUCUCCAACAUGGCUCACAUGGGUCUGCCAGUCAUCUCCGAGCAAGUCACAGCACGCAAGAAGAAAGCUGAUCGCAAAGAAAGAAUCAGUGAGCAGACCUACCAGCUCUCCAGAUGGACGCCUCUGGUUAAGGGCCUCAUGGAGGACAUUGUUGAAGACAAACUGGAUCCAAAACAAUACCCAUACAUUUCUACCCGCACACCUUCCUCCAAAAACACCACAGCUACCAGUGCUCGCUAUGGAAACUGGCACAAGAACAAGAACCUGGGGGAAAUGCGAAGCGGCCCCCGAGUCAUCGUCUUCAUCGUCGGGGGCGUGGCCUACAGCGAGAUGCGUUGCGCCUAUGAGGUCACGCAGGCCAACGGCAAAUGGGAGGCCAUCAUUGGCUCCACGCACACCAUCACCCCCACAAAGUACCUGAAGGACCUCCAGCACCAGGACUUUCUGGAUCCCAGUGCUGCUCCGGAGGACCGGGUCAGCGCUGAUAACUGAGUGCUAAGAAAGAGGGAGAGAAUGAGAGAGCCUUCCCCCAGCCACUGCUCUACCUGAGCGGGGCCUCCAUCCAUCACAAGCAGAAGAGCCCCGUUGUGUCUCUCCCCCUCUCUGCCUGCUGGUGUCACAAGUAGAUACCAGCAUCCAGAACGAGCCCUUUCGAACCUUUCUGCUCUGACAUUUCAGUUUAGUAGAAAAGGGUGUUUUUUUUUCGGUAGCUGCACCCAUGAGUAUUCUACAGGCCACCGUUAUGAGCAUGGGUGAGAGGAGCAGUGUCAUCUAUACUCGCCUGAUCUGAGCACAGUGUUUCAUACUGAGAGGAGCAGUGUCAUCUAUACUCGCCUGAUCUGAGCACAGUGUUUCAUACUGAGAGGAGCAGUGUCAUCUAUACUCACCUGAUCUGAGCACAGUGUUUCAUACUGAGAGGAGCAGUGUCAUCUAUACUCACCUGAUCUGAGCACAGUGUUUCAUACCCCCAGACCUUCCCAUGGUUCCACCGUCACUCAGUGCACCAUGACAGACGCUCAUGACACGGCUCUGACGUCACCCUCAGGUUAGUGUUCACUCAUUUGGUGUGUAAAAUGAGGCAUGGAAUUGAUUUCCAAAGCCCUCAGAGACUGAUCAGGCAAGCUGGUGUCCAGUUUAAAUGCUGCUCAACAUCACAUUACAGAGCUCAGAAGACGUUAAUGGGCACCAUCCACUCCUCAGUUCAGAAGUUCAGCUAAAGGUAAUCAGGGUGGUGGAAUUAUUGUAUUACUAUUUUGUGAUAGUGAAAAAAGAAUAUUAGACUAUUAGAUUUAUACUGGUAUUAAUUUAUAGUAUUUUCAGAAAUACAAAGAGAAUUUUUUAGCAAGUUGAAUUUGUGAAAGUAGUAAACAUAGAUAGAUGAUGCCACUGUGCAUAUAAUUAGUGCGUAAUAUAAAAUAAUAUGCUAAGUAUGUGUGUAACAUUGUCAGAGCACUUGUUUGUAGAGUAGCUGUUAAAUGAAUGGCACACAAACAGAAAGAGCUGUGUUUUUAGCAGGCUGACCCACUGCCUCAGAUAGCGUAGGCCCAUGAUUAAUAGUGUCCAGUGAGCAGAUUUUCAUCACAGAAAAAAAGUUUCAAAGCAUGUCAGAGUUGAGAUAUACUGCAAAUAAACCUCUUUUUACUUCUCCCAAUGUCUUAAGAGGUUUUAAAAAGAUUUAAGAUCAGUAACAAUUUUCAGCAGACUACAUUACCCAUCAUGUGUUCACAGGUGUUGAAUUGUGGAUUGCCUGUCAGGAGUUAACUACCUAGCUCACAGCUGAACCCUUCUCUCCAAAGCACACGUGUCCUUUGAGCUGUUACCUGAAUGCUCCUUUUCAGACUAGUUCUGGGUUAUGUUCACUAGUCAUUGUAUUUUUGUAAUUAGUAGUAUGCAUUGUAUUAUUGUUGUGUUUGUCAGCUAGUAUUUAGACUGAAAAGUGAAAUGUAAAUUAUAACACAAUUAUGAUAGAAAAAUACAUUGUGAAACAAACAUCUCAUUUUCUGA